AUGAAAGGUUCUCGUUCGAAACGAAACGGUCCAAGGAAAGUUGCCUUUUUGAAAGAGUUACUAUUGCUUCUAGUAAUUUGCGAAUUUUUUAAACCUGCUCAUUCUGUGAAUGGAGUGAUAUGGAAUAAGAAAUCAGGGAAUUUCGUGCCCAUUUUCAGCGAUCCAUAUUUUGCUGCAUUUAAUCAGGAAAUUAUUAAUCGAAGUCGGGAACGAGAAACGCACAAUUUCCAAGGGAAAGUUGUACGAUUCACUUAUUUUGAGCAAAAGAAUCUCGUCGACACUGAAGCAAAUGGAACCAAAGUGUCGGGGGCGAUUGGAGAAAUGUGGCACAUUUUAGCGCAAUACUUAAAUUUCACAUUGAAACCAAUCUUAAGCAAAUAUCCAACAUUAGGAGGUAGAUUUCCUAAUGGAUCUUACGAAGACGGUUUAUUGAAGAUUAUUCAAGGAAACGAAACGGAUGUGAUACCAAGAGUGGAAGCUUUUACCACACGUUCCGGUGCUACUCAGUUUUCUAUGCCUUUAUGGAUAACCAGACAACGAUUUUACAUCAAACGUAACGAGCAACAUCUGUUGGAUUGGAUGGUGCAAUUAUUCGGUCCAAAAGUUUGGUACGCAAUAGGGUGGACGUAUCUCUUGCUAAGCGUUUGCAGUUACGCUUGUCAAAAGACAGCGGUGGCACUUACAUAUCAGAAGUUUCAUGUAAAACUGAGUGACCACAUAUUCUACAAUUUUGGCGUGAUGUGUGGUCAAAAUUAUAUUCCGCCAAGUCUUCUUAAGAGCUCGAACCUAGUGGAAUUAUGGUUGAAUAUAUUUUCUACCCUAAUUAGAACAUGUUUCGGUGCAAUUGUAAUUUGUUACAUGACAAAAACUAUUACCGUACCACCUUUUUCAGAUCUAUCUACUUUAAUCAGCAGCUCCUCGUACCAUGUUCUUCUGAAAUCGGGUUCUUUGCCGCAUAUAACAUUGAUGACAGCCGACUCUAAUGCGGUGGCAUUGAGAAAAACGAAACGAUAUACUGUCGUAGAAACGAUGGAUGAGCUAUACAGGAUGGGAUGUUCAACGAACAAGCUAUUUACUGUGGCGCAAAUCGCAGACAUAAAGAAAGCUAAUGGCUUGCGCAUCUGUCGAUUAAAUCCAGUCGGAAAAUCUGUUUACACGGUAGUGGUAAGUUCUGGAAUUGCGUGGAAUUUCGAGUACAAGAAAAGCAUCGACGUCGGAAUAAUAAAACUAUACGAAGUCGGCUUAAUGAACCGAUUAAAGCAGUACUGGAUAGAAUCAAACAAUGUGGAGGAAGAAGAAAGUAAUGAAAUAGAUCCGGUUAAUAUGGAACAUGUGGUUCUGAUACUAAUUGUAUUCGGUAUAGGAUUGUUAACAGCUCUUGUUGUCCUUAUACUUGAAAAGCUGACGUUUUAUUAUACUAAUUAAGAUAUUUUUUCUUUCACUUUAAAAUGUUUUACUAAUGAAUGAAUAAUUUUACAUUAAGUAAUUAUAUUAUACGUUUA